AUGGGAUACGUGCACUGUGCAGUCGAGAACGCUAGUUUCAUACAAGUAAUAGAAAGCGGGGACGAGCCAGCAGUAUGUACAAGUCGACGGACGCUCGUCCUAGCGAACCAUCAGAGUACAGCAGAUGUCCCAAUCCUCAUGUCCACUUGGAAUCCUCGUCUGGGCCUCCUCUCCAACCUCAUGUGGAUCAUGGAUCGCGUCUUCAAGUUCACAAACUUCGGGAUCGUUAGCGUUCUACACAAGGACUUUUUUAUACAAGCGAGGGCGUUAGAAAAAGUGUACUCAGCUGUCAAUUAUGCAAACCUCAGCACAAUACCAAAAGGCAUUUGUCACGGCGCCGAAUAA